GGUCGCCGGGUAGAGGGGAGUUGCGCGCGCAAGCGUGGCUCAAGUCCGCACAUUUUGCUUCACCUAUCUACCAACAAGCAGCAGAAAUCCGCCGCCAGUAUUGAUCGCGCGUCCGCCGCCCGAGGUGCUAUCAUGCGACAUACACAUCAUUUCCAUUCUCUGUAACUACAGAUGUACGCGUUAACAAACGAUUAAAAUUACAAUAAUUUACAAUGGACAGUUAAGUGCUUGGAAUACCUAGCCUGGUUUAGAGCAGUGGUGGAAUAGUGCGAGUAGGAUACAAAUCACAGCGACAUGUCUAAGAUCCCAAUCGACAAAAAUGGCCUCAUCAGAAAUAAAGAAACACGCGGGAUGUUCUACAGUACACCAAAUAGAAUGAACAAUGUGGGACUCUCUCCAGCAGAGAAUAAUCAACUAAAUACUAUUAAAAAACCGUUAUACUGCACAUCAUAUGCAUCUCUGAUACCCAAGAUGAAAGAGGACAUGGAUGAAGUCACCAAACAAAACCCUCGUAUAUUGGAUCUAAGGUUAAAGUUAAACGAAAUCUCAAAAAAACAGGAUCGAAGUGUUGAUAAAGAAACAAAAAGCUUGAUAAAUGGAAUUACACAGAGACUAGAAGAAAAGGAGCAAGAUGAAUCAGGACCAUAUAGCUUGAUUUUUGAGCUCCAAAAUAAUGCCUCAACAUCCCAGCAUGAGGACAAAGAUUGCAUAGAUGGAAACGUAUGGACUAAAUCAGACAACGAUGCUUUCAAUGGUAAAGAGACAAGUGCACAUUGUUAUGCAGAUUCCGAGUCGCUCAAAAAUAUUGUUGACAGAUUGCCUAAUGUUAUACGGAUUGAUGACAAGCCCAUGAAAGAAUUUGAGUAUUCUUGUGAAACUGAAUCAAAUUUACCAGUAAAAAAACCAUAUCAUACACAAUCACGAUCUGAGUUGUGUUUGAAUUUUAAGUCAUAUGCAAGUCCCCGACCUUUUGAUCCCAACGCUAGUCCCAAUGAAAACUCAAUUAGUAGAGCUAACGAAGAAAAUUCAUUGGAUGAUAGCCUAGGAAUCUUAACUCCAGACCAAAUGGACGAUAUAUGUUUUUUAGAAAAUGCCUUUUCUCCUACAGUAGAGGGACUCCCAAGUUUCUGUGAUAAGAAUGACUCUAAAGCAUCUCCUGAUACAGGAGAUACACCGUCUACUGAUAAAACUGAAAGCCAUUCAGCAGCUUCAACUAUUCAGAACGAUGGUUUUGAUAAUAAUGAGUGCAUGAAUUCUGGUUUUCCAGAAGAAGCUAUUAUACCGUCUGUGACUUUACAAAUGGAAGAUGAUGAAACUCAAAUUGUUUUUAUGAAGGCAUCGAUCCAAAAAUCAAUUCCUACAGUAGAUAAUAAUGAAGAUAUUACUGAUAAAAAUGCAAUAGAGCCUAUCAAAGAAGAGGUCUUGCCAUCUUUUAUGGAAGACGAUUUUAUGCCUUCUAUUCACAGUAGUAUUUUAGAACCAGCCAGUUCAAUUGCAGAAACAACAGUGAAUUUAGAUUUGCCUUUAGAUUGUAAAACGAAUGAUAUAAGAUUAUCUGUAUCUCCUCAAAGAAUAGAACAGACACCGUCACCAGAGGACCUACCUUUAGAUAGCUGUGACAUUCAGACUGAAGUAAGCACAUACUCCAAUUCUCAGUAUUCAGUUUCGAUACUCCAAGAUUCUCAAACAUUCUCCGACGUAAAAAAUGAUUUCCCUAAAUCUAUGGAAACGUCUAAAGUUUCUAAUAGUUUUAUAACCAGUAUUACGAGUAUUACAAGUCUUGAUGGAUAUCAAGGUGACGGGGAAAUGUCGCGGCCUGUUAGCCGCGGAGCCGACCAUUCUAUAGGGGCGCGUGAGGAAGUGGCUGAAAUGGAUUGGCAAAACGUUCCAGUUACUAGACGAGCUGACCCAAUGACAGACUCUGACUUUUUCACGGAAAGCGAUGCAGAUGGACUAGAUGACAACGUACAAAGAGGUGACAGGCGGGCUCAAGUGAUAGACGGUGCCCUGUAUGGUGGAAAGAAUGGUAAUGGAAACCCACCUUUAAUUGUAAAUAGAAGCGAAGACUCCUGCAUGGAAUCAAGUGGUGUUUAUACCGAUUUUGAAACUCAUAGAACAUCACCAAUAUUUUUGAACGUAAUAGAUGACAUGUCUCCAGAAGGGUCAACUCCAUCAACACAUUCAGAAUGUAGUCAAAAGAAUGUCAACACUAGCCAGACAUUGCCUGGAUUUCUUCCUGCUCUCGAUGAAACGUUGAAAGGAAAAUAUUCACCGAAACUCAGUGAAGACACGCCAAAGUCUGGAAGUAAAAGAAACUCAAUUAAUAGCGAGAAAGCUUCAAAAUUCAAUGAUAAACUGCCGAAGGAAGAAAAACGAUUUACUUUGAAAAAGUAUAAGAUGCCGAAACGCGAUGUGCCAAGUAAACUAAAAACUAUGUUGAACAGUAGAAAGAACGACGCUGACUCUAGCCUACAAAGUAGUCCCAAAGUGCUGAAAAAGAACGAACGACGUGAGAGUCUCUCGAAGAAAAACUCGAUCGAAGCCAAGAACGACUUUAAAACGAAAUCGUUUAAAGAUGUCAAGUCAAAAGUAGAUUGUUCUUUCUCGUUACAAAGAUCCCAGACCACAUGCAGUGUGACUAGAAUGCUGAGUUCGAAGUCGUCGACUAACGCAAAGCCAAAGAGCCGCCACAUGCGGAUGAGGAUGGAGCUGGGGUCGGCACACGGCAGCGGCAAGUCCAGUCUGCACAGCUCACAGAGCGACCUCAGCGCGUCCAGCACGCCGCUGGGCAAGGUACCCGCCAACCGGUUCCCUCUUCUGAGAAACGGCAAGAAGCGGGACAGCCUCCCUGCACCGGCCACCCCCGCGCGCGCGCCGCCCGCCCCUCCCCCCGCCGUCGCCCCCGCAAAGAAAAAUGGCGUCGUACAGAAGCUGGCAGCGUCCCCGGUGGCAGUGCGAGCGCGCGCGCCGCCCGCACCCCCCGCCUCCCCGCGCAAGACUCCCCCGCGCCGCACCCCCGCGCAAAGGCCUACUACCCUGCCUACUAAUAACAAAGAACCUGCUCGCGUGUCGCCCGCGGUCGUGGGGCGCGGCAAGCGCGUGGCGACGCCGCCCACGACCCGCGCGUCGCCCGCCCCCGCCCCCGCGCCGCCCGCCCUCGCCCCCGCGCCGCCCCGCGCGACCCCCGAGCAGGCCGCCACGCUGGCGCACGCCGCCAAGGGGGUCGAGGCUCUCGGAGUGCUCGUCCAGUAUCUGAUGUUCCGGGUGGACGCGCUAAACAGCGACCACUGGCGCGUGGAAGCGGGGCGGUGGCGCGGCGUGGCGGCGGCGGAGCGGGCGGCGGCGGCGCGAGCCGACAGGGACCGCCAGCAGCGCGCGCAGAAAGAUCUCGAUACCAUUGCGGAAUGCCUCGGCAAGAUCUCCGAGCUGGAGAUGGAGGUGUCGGCGAAGGAGGAGGCGGGCGCGCGCCUGCAGGCCGCUCAUGUUGAGGAGGUCUCCGCCUUGGCACAGGACAUUAAGGACUUAAAGGAGACAAUCGACAACCUGAAACGUGAAGUGGGCGAGAGUCGCGCCCGCCUCCACGCUCACGGCGAAAUCGAGCGCACGCUCCGAGCCCAACUCGAGGCAGCACGAGCCGAGCUGGCCGACCGCUCGCCCGACCAGUCCUGCAACAGCACCCUCGAGUCCUACAACCGCUCGCUGGACCAGUCGUGCAACACGUCGUGCGAGUGCAGCGGCUCGUACAAUGUGAAGAGUAACACGUCGGACGCGGCGUGCGACCCUGUUUGCUACGAGAUCGAGGAGUGUGAGCUGAGGCUGAAGGCCAAUGAGGAGUUGAGCAGUGACGCCAAUGAAUUGGCUGCUGAGGUCCGCUCGCUGCGAGCAGUAGUCGAGCUGAAGCAAGCAGAAAUAGCCUCCCUCCAAAGAGCUCGAAGCGAAGUGAUAACAGAGCGAGAGCUCCGUACCGCGGCAGAAAGAGACGCAAGAAACGCGAGACAAGCCGCAGAAGAGUUGAAGGAACGGGCAGCAGCGAGACAAAGGGAUGUGGAUAGACUGAGGGAUGAUAAUAGGAGGCUGAGAGAUGCCGCGGCCAGGGACAGGGACCACGCGGCCCGGCUGGCUGCCUUGAAUGAAGAGCUGCGGUAUAAGUUGAGGCAGAAGUCGCAGGUGGUAUCCCUGCUAGCAGGCGGCGGCUACAUAGAACGCUCGUCCAUGCGCGCGCGCACGGAGUCCUGCGACAGCGCGCGCUCCCCUUCCCCGCCCCCCGACAGCCCCCCCUCCCCCGCCGCGUCCCCCGCGCCCGACACCCCCCCGCUGCCCGCGGUGAAGGGGGUGGUGGAGAAGCACGACUCGGUCAGCUGGGUGUUAGAGAUUGAGGAGACGCCGGAGGAGGUUGCUACUAGACUAGCCCGCCGCUCAUCAUUCCGCACCGCCGCCCCCUCCCCGAGCGGCGUGAAGCGUCGCGGCGGCGGCUCGCCCCCCUCCCCCGCGCCCUCCUCCCCCGCGCCCACCUCCAAGCUGUUCCGACCCACCGACCUGGAGUUCAACCCGCCCCCGCUCAAGGAGUCUGCGGGGGAGGCGAUUUAUAUUUAUGAUGAUCGCCAGUAUUGAUGUUAUUAACCUAAAAGUUAGAUAUAUGCCUAUAUGGGUUAGGCCACUUGUCUAAGGUGAGGCCGGUGAGGCCCCAUUAGUGAGUUACGUCGUCGCCGCGCCGUUACUACCAUAUACAUUUGAUGACGGUGCUGUAGGAACGACGCAGCGUAACGCACCAAUAGGGCCUCACCUUAUGCUGAGGCGCAGGUAGAGCAGAGCAGAUAGUCUGUCUGUCUGUUAUGCUCUCGGAUAAACCCACGGAAUAAGUCAGCGGUGUUUGUCGCCUGCAUCCCAGCAUAAGCCUAGAAUAGUACACGGUGUUAGGAUUGAGAAGGGAGGGUUGGGCGCAGAUGUUAAGUCGAGGCAUAGACUAAUAUUGGGAUAUUCGUCUAUGGUCGAGGUUACUAGUCUCAGAAAAGUCAAGCGUGGGAUGAAAACGAUGGUGAGAAGGGCGUAUUGGGUACUUGUGAUUGAUUUGUAAGCGAUUUUGAUAAUGGUCUUUCUGAUUGAUUGGGAUUAAGCCAAUGGGUUGUCAAGUUAUUGUCCCGUUCUUGUGAUUUGAAAGGUGUUCGAUUCACGUUAAGGCUAAUAAGUAACGUAAAUGGUUAGAAUCUUGUACCUUUAAUAUGUAUUUAAAAAAAUCAAGAAGUGUAAAGAUUUUUUAAAUGUAUAAGAGCAACUACUUACCUAAUUUAUCUUGGUCUCAUACACUUGAGGAACUGCAAGAGGGCUUGUCAUUGAAUGAUGAAUGCAUGGCUGAUUUGAUUUUCUUGCCGGAUGUUACUGAUGUUGAUGAUGAUAAAUGAUAUUUGAUGGGACCUAAAAGGAAAAAAUGCGACUCAAUAAUUAUAAUAAGGGAAGAUUCUACAAACGAUAGUCAUGAUCGAUGAUAUACUAUUAUAUAUUUACCAUGAUGAUUCACUCGUAAUCUCAGUGUAUGUUUGAGAGGUUACACAUGUUUGAAUGAAUUUUUAACUUCGGAACUGAGAGUUGAUCGCGUUUCAAAAAUAAAUAAAUAGCUUAACAGUUAUAUGGAAUCCAGAUAAGCUCAAAUCUUUAUAACGAUGCUUACAAACAAUUUAAAUUUAAGUAAGUAUUAAAUACCUUUGUAUUUCCCAAAUAUAGGAUUUUUUCAAUAAAGGCUCCCUCUGAAGUCACGUAUGUGGGUAGAAUGGGGUCUGUAACAUUAUUCAGUAUUUCUAAUUCAUAGUCGAAGUGUCACGUCUUGCAUGCUCUUUAUGAUAGUAAACUAUUUACCUUCAUACAUUGGACUGGAAAUAUAUUUAUGUACCUGUGAAUUGCUCCAAUAAUAUGAAAAACUUUCAUUGAAUUUUCCUGACCUCUUCACUUUUAUAAUCUACCUACCUAUAUACUUACUUAACUUAUUUUUCCAUUCGAAAUCAGAUCUAGUCUUUUCAAAUAUACUUCAUUUAUUUUCAACUACUUGUGAAUACUAUUGGAGCAACGCCUUAAGUUAAAUUAAAAUUAAUUAUACUUAGUUAUCAAUUGGAAUAUGAUUUUUAUAUGAUUCAGACUCGAAGUUCUAUGUCAGGUUUCUACCUGUGUUAAUUAAUGUAAAUUUGUGAAUUAUGUUUUUGUAUCUAUUACCUUUAUCUUAAGUCAUAUAUAGUCUAUCGUGGUUGUUGGCACUGUAUUAUUUUUAUGUACAAAAUAAUAAUUUUAAUGUUAGAAACAUAACUUAGAUUUAAGUUUAGCAUCUUGAGUUAAGAGGAUAAGUAGGUGUUUUGAGCUGAUUUUUUGGGCUUGGUGAGUGCUUUUUCAUUGAAUAUUUCUUUGUGGAGCUUAUUGAGCUACUAACAAUAGUUUUAUAAAGCUAAAUAAUUGAAAAAUCGUCUCGAUGAAACCAAAGAGUCAGAUUUUGUUUGUAACUCUUUGCCAUUACCUUCUGGCGAGUCUUGUAGGACCGCCGUAACUCUGAGGCCUCUAGAGAGGCAUUGUUUAAGUGUAUUGUAUGUACCUACCCAUAGAUAACUUAAUGUUACACGUUGCAAUAUAUGUAAAGUCAAGUGUUAAUUUUAGUUUUACUUAUUUAUUUAUGUGUAUCUUAGUUAAAUCGUUUAAUACCAUUCCAAAUUAAAAAGUGUAAGCGAAAUAAUUGCAUGAUUACGAAAGAUAUUAAUAUAAAAUAGCAUUUUGAAAACAA